CGAGUGGGCAGGUCACGACUCGGGUGUUUGACAUGCAAACGGAGGAAGGUGCGAUGUAACGAACAACGGCCGAGAUGCUCCCACUGUGAGCGAUUGAAUCUUCAAUGCACCUGGAAGGCGAACGCGACACCAGGUCUCGCAGCGCGAAAUCGUCGCACAGUUGCUGCCGUUUCUUCGCAAGUCGCUCUCAACGAAUCAGCGUGGUCCAUGGCACCAGCUCACGCAUCCAUCACGACUCUAUCGUUGCCAACCACGACACAACAGCCUCCUGGUGUUGAUAACUUCUUCGACUAUGCAGGUUUCAUGUGGGACAACGCUGAGUGGUGGCAGCAGUUUCAGCCAUCUGAUGUGCUGCUGCCUACAACCAAUUCCGAUCACAUCACCUCUGGUCAAUUCAGCUCUCCGAGCACUAGUUCGCCAUCGUUCACAAUCGCCACCGAGGCACGUUAUAUUGGAUCCAUUGCCGCGAAUCGCCCUGGGAGUGGAUCUUCGCGAGUGGGAGGAGCACAGAACAACGUGCCCGCAGGAGAGCAGUUCCUGCUCGAGUAUUUUGUGCACAGCACUGUGCCACCAAUCCUAUCUCCUGUAGAGACGCAGCAGCAAUGGUCGAUGAUGCGACGCCAUUUUCUUUCCAUGGCUAAAGAGUCGUCAAUGGUACAAUCGGCUCUUCUGAGCUUCGCCGAUCUUCUUCUACGUCGUCGUCGUCAAGGCGUCCACACAGCGAAUGAUGGUCAUGGGCAUCAUCAGGACUCAGCUCGCGAGCUUUCGAAGUAUAAUGAACAUCCUGAAUCGAAUCAGCCAGGACGUGAACACCUUCUAGCGACCUGUUUCUUCCUGAGCUAUGUCGAUAUUCUCGAAGGCCGGACGGAUGCAGCGCAUGGAAGUCUCAAGGCUGCAUAUCAGAUUUUCGGAAAGGGUGAGAAGUCGAGUUUCAGUCCUUCGGAAGUACGUAUCCUCUCCUGGAUCAGAUUACUGGAUGGGAGAGCUGUGUCUGCUGGAGGUGAGGGGUUGUUCUUAUCGGAUGAUGAGGCGUCAGAAAUGCUAGUGCAACCUUCACCAGCUGGAUUGGAAACUCUGCAAGGUACCGUGGAUGAGACGAAUAUUGCGGAUCAGGACGCCGAGAUCGAAGAUGCCCUCUUCCAAGCUCUGUACCAACCAGGUGCUGUCUUCUUCCAGAAGGUACAAUCUUUCAUGGGACGCAUAUCAAAGAUCGAUCCAUGGCAUAGAAGUCGAGGUACUGUGGCAGACGAGACAGAAGUUAUGAUAGUUGCUGCCAAGAUAACUCGAGAUCUGGACAAACUAUUUGACAGUCGACCCCGUCUGAUGGACUAUGCAGCGAAAGGUCAACUCACACCACGGCAUCUAAGUCCUCACCUUUCUCAUACCAUCACCAGAGCUUUUCGAACCUACGCUAGUAACUUUUACGCCAGCAAAGUACAUCUGCAUCGAGUCGCAUACAAAACUUUGCCCUUGGCCCUGGAGACUGUCCUUGCACUCGCAAAGAUAAAGGAACUGGCUAGGAUGAUGGUUGACAUUCCAUCAGAAUCAGGCCACGAAGGUGGUGAGCCACUGCCAGUCAAUAUGCUUUGGCCGCUUCUCAUGCUCGGAUCUGAGGAGGAGGACGUGCAAGAACGGGAUUGGAUCAGAAGUCAGAUUUGCAGGAUGCAAGAAGUCGCGACCAACGCAGAGAUGACAGCCCAAGUUUUAGAUGAAGUCCAGAAGACGCAAGACUCCACAAAGACCAGAGUUGACAUUCGCAGUAUCAUGCACAAGAUCUUUGAUGCAUGCUUCGCCAUUGUCUGA